AUGUUCCUGAAAUCAGAUCUGGUAAAACAUCAGAGGAGCCAUUGCCAUUUCACAGAUGGACAUACAGCAUCAACGGCAAAGUUGGAAAGUGAAGUCAUUCUGGGUAAUGUGGAAGAAAGUACAGCUUCAGAAUUUGUCCGAUCAAAGGUGUUCCCUUCAAUGCAAGAUGACGAGAUUAAGAAAGCAGCCAUUCAAGACCAGUUGAUUGUUGAGUUAGGAAAUUCGUGGGGGAGAAAAGCAAGGUCCAACAAAGCAAAGAGCAAGAACUAUGUAUCACAAAAAAUGAGAGAAUGUGGAAGGUUACUGAUUCAACUUCGGGAGCUUGAACCAGACAAGAAGGAUGCAUCCAUGUGGCAGUUUCUAGCACCCAAUAUGUUUGACCUCUGUGUGAGGGCUGCCAUUGAAACAGCAGGUGAAAUUGCAAAGGACAAAGAGCUGAAAAAUCCAAGUGUGGCCAUAAAGAACGGUCACAAUCUUGAGCGUCUAGCCGCCAUCAAACGGGCACUGUCCAUUCGUGAAAAUGAUGAUGUUGGUAUCAAAGAGGCAGAACGUUUCCUGACACUAAAGGAUACAGAGUGGAUUGAAAAGAUAACAUCCCUGGCACGAUCAAAUCUUGCAACACGAAAAUUUAACAAACCUGCGAAUCUGCCCAAGUCCGAAGACAUUACGAAAGUUACCGAGUAUUUGAAAAACCAGCUGGCUGUAUGUUCAACUGAUGGUGAUAAAAGCAACAUGCAGGAUUACCGAGAGCUGCAAACCUUGGUCUUGGCUAGACUGAUGACCUUCAACAGACGUCGACCAGGGGAAAUUGAACAAAUGUUGGUUACAUCAUACACCGAUAGACCAGAUUGGGUCAGUGCAGGUCUCGAUACUAUCAAAGAGGUUAUGACACCAUUAGAAUCGAAGCUUGUCAAAACUUUGGACAUGGUUGAAUUGCGAGGCAAGAGGGGAAGGAAGGUGCCUGUCUUGAUUCCUGUAGAGUGCAAAGCGCCAAUGGCACAACUUAUGAUGCAUCGCAACAGAGUUGGCAUUCCAUCAACAAACAUAUACUUCUUUGCGACCACAGGGGAAGGUUGUUUGCGGGCAGGUGACUGUUUGGAUAAAAUUGUGCAACGCCUGAAACUUGCGAAACCAGCUGCAAUGAAAGUGACCCCCAUAAGGAAAUACAUAGCAACCUUUAGCCAGGUUUUGGACCUGGGCGAGAACCAACUAGAGUGGCUGGCUAACCACCUUGGCCAUGAUGUCUCAGUUCACAGACAAUAUUACAGGUUGCAAGAAUCCACCCUUGAAAUGGCCAAGAUUUCGAAGCUAUUGAUGCUGGUCGAUUCUGGGAAAGGCAAGGAAUAUCUUGGAAAGAACCUGGAUGAUAUCAACAUUGAAGACCUCUGCUUGCCUGAUGAAACCGAGGCUAUGGAAGAAGAGGGAGAUGAGGAUGAAGUUGCCACUGGCAUCCCUCCAACCAAGAGGAGGAAGGUCCAGUCCACAAAAGGUAUGAGUCUUGUAAAAGAAUAA